CGAGUUGGGAUAGUGCGAUAGAUAAUUUUUUUGCCACAGUUCCCGACAGCAAUUCCUUCCAAAGUGGAAACAAUCAUCGUAGUUUGUUUAUUGAUUUAAGAAGUUUUAACAGAAUAACCGAAAGUAAUCAACAUGGCUGGAAUGGGAGGACACAUUCAGAACUUGAACAAAACAACGGAUCACUUUCAAGACAACAGUGAAGAUGGGAGUAUGAUGUUAAUUCAUGUCAGAUGUCAACAAAGAAACGGCAGAAAGAUGAUCACCACCGUUGAAGGAAUCUCCCCCAUGUACUCACAACAUCGCAUUGUCAAGAAGAUGAAGAAGUUUUUUAACUGCAAUGGAAACGUACACACUGAGAAAGAUUUCGGAGAAGUCAUUCAGUUACAAGGAGACCAGCGACAGCACGUCAAGAACUUCCUGGAGACUUGCGGACUUGCCAAGGAGCAUCAGAUCAAACUCCACGGCUUCUAACUUAAUGCAAAUAAUAUUUACAUUUUAUGUCUUUGGACAGUGAGGCAUUCAAAAUGUUGUAAAUAAUUAGGAAUGGCCCGUUAAGGCCAAGUCACACUGUAGCGAUAACGCAAACGAUAACGACGCAAAGAGAACGCAUUCUAUUGGUUGAACUGCUCCACGCAGACCACGCCCAUGCUCAUUCAACCAAUCGAGGGCGUGCAUUGUUAUCGUUCUCGUUUUUGUUCUCGUUAUCUGAGCCUGUGUGACCGGGCUUUAAGUCUUAAGAUGUCAGUCAUAGAAACCAGUCCAUUUUACUGAAUAGAUUCAGAGUGUUGCUUCUGUUUUUGUUCUUGUUAUUUUCAGACAGUGUAUCAAUGCACUGUUGUCCUUGUCACAGCAGUCAUAUUAAUCAUACAAAGUUGCUCUUCCAUGAUAGGAGACUUUAAGGAUGCUUGGUGGCAGCAGACUUACCAGGUAAAAUCCAUUGUUCUCGGUAAUGUGCGCACGCUCAGAACUACGUAAACAAUGGAAAUUUACCUGGUAAGUCUGCUGCCACCUAGCUUUCUCAAGUCUCCUAUUGGACUUCAACUGUGAAGCACAGUUCAAUUGACCUUAUGCAAACGACUUUUUGGAGUUGGGCGCCCUCCCUUAGUGGUCAAUAGGAGGUUGUUAAUUGGUCAAUCAUGUGCAUCGCUCAUAUAAAUCUGCGCGUUUCUAUUGUUUCAUCAUCAGUUUACCUCUAAGAUGGUGGCCGGAUGAUGUCAAUGCAUAAGGUCUAUAGGAGGAGUCAAUUAAUAUGGUCUUGUCUCAGAUUGAUUCUUUUGUUGCCAAUUCUCUUCUCUCCACUGAAACAAUUUGCUUUUAAAUCCAUCAUUUUGUGCUAUAAAAUUCAAUCAAAAAUGUAUUAAUAGGAAACAGGUUCUCGUACUAAAGAAUUGAUUUUUUUUCAUUGGCGUUAAGACAAAUAAAGGUUGAUAUUUGUACAUUGCUCUUAAAGGCAGUGGACACUAUUGGUAAUUGUCAAAGACCAGUCGUCUCACUUGGUGUAUCUCAACAUAUGCA